AUGGAUACAACGGCAAUCAACGAUGUUGGUUGCAAUUUAUUGAAACAGAUGAAGAAGAGAAAAAAUAUUAUAAUAUCGCCGCUAGGUUUCUCAACAGCUUUAGCGGUCGUCCAUUAUGGGGCUAAUGGCGAAACGGCCAAACAACUUGAAACUGUAUUACAAGUCAGUAACGGCUCAUUACUACCUAAUAGUUUAACCUUUAUAUUGAAUGAAGUUGAAAAUUGGAGACGUUCUUGUCGUUGUAAUUAUAAAAUGUUACAAGAUAUCCUAGGACAUAAAAAUGACGAUGAUAGCCAUGGAGGAGAAAUGAAAUAUGCUAAAUCUAGUGCUAGUUUAUUCUUAGAACGUAUCUUUAAACGUGGCCAAAUUAUCUUAAAUCAUGACUCUUAUAACGUUAAAGAAGUAUCUAAGAUUAGUCAUCAAAUCAAAGGCCAUUUCUUUAAAGUAUCAGUUGGUUUAUUCUGUAGUAGUGAUAUCCACUUAUCCAAUCAAUAUCAUACACAAAUGGCUAAAAUCUAUCAUGGUACAUUUGAAUGUAUCCGCUGCGAAGAUGACAUGGAUGCUUAUCGUGCUAUCAAUAAAUGGGUAAAACGUCGUAGUAUGAAAAAAAUUACCAGUACUGUCUCUGAACGUGCAGUUCGCUCCUUUGAUAAUUUUUUCGUCAUUACUACUUUAUCCUUUAAUUGUCGUUGGGAAUAUCAAUUUUCCAAGGGCAAUACAACAACUGGUUAUUUCUACGAAAAAAUUGGCAAAUCGCAUCGCGUUAAAAUGAUGAAAAGUUGUGGUUGGCGAUUACGCCAUAUGCAUGAAAGGCAAUUAGGUUUUGAAAUACUAGAAUUACCCUACGAAUGUAGUACACUGUCCAUGUAUAUUAUGAUGCCUUAUGACAUUGUCAGCUUGGAUACUAUCGAAAAGCAUUUAACGGGUGCUAACAUCAACCAAUGGAUAUUAAAAUUGCGGCCUAAACAAGUUGAUUUAACGAUGCCUCGUUUCGGGUUAAAACAUAUUUAUAAUAUGAAUGAUAUCAUUAAAGCUAUGGGUGCUACAUCAUUAUUUCAUCAUAAAUUAGCCGAUUUAAGUGGUAUUACAACUGAGAAAGAUUGCUGUCUAGCACGUUUUAUACACAGUUUAUCCAUUACAUUAGAUGAAUAUGGUACUACAGCCAUGAAUGGUCGCCAACGUAAAGCUAGCCGAAUUGGAAUUGUAUUAACUAAUGAAGCUGAAGUUAUGGCUGAAAAAAUGGAUCAAGUCAAUAGGAUUCGGAGUAAUGAAGAAGAAAGAGUUUCACAGGGUAGAAUAAUUAUAAAUCAUUAA